ACAGGGUCAGUAGCUCGCUCCGACGCCGGGACCGCCGCUCAACAUGACCCGUGAUCCACCACGCGGUGCCCCACCGCCCUUCUCUCUGCCCAAAAAUAUCGUAUCUUCGCAGACUCAUCUUUCUCGUGAAACAAGCGCAACUAUCUCCCCACCAGCUGAUAAAGCUGCGUCUGCUCUCAUGAGAGCUAGCGAAGCAUCCCUUUCUGAUCAUGCAGCCGAUAGCCUGAGGCACAACUGUGACAUCAUAGCUGAAAACGGACGAGUCCACGCGACAGAGUGUUCAAGUACAGCACCAGUACUAGUAUCCUCACAUAGUGGAGAGGAUGACCCAAUGACAGUCUUUGUGGGAAGACUACCUCCAACGGUCCCGGACCAUGUAAUCUACACCCUGCUGGAGCAGUGCGGGAAAAUACUUGAAUGGAAGCGAGCUAUGGGUAAAAGUUUCGGCUUCUGCCAAUAUGCGCAGCCGAGCUACGCCAGGCGAUGUCUUGAACUGAUGAAUGGGGUCAAAUUGGACUGCCAACCGGUUCUCGUCAAAUUAGACAACAAGGAGCUUGCGCGCUUGGUCGAGUUAGCUGUCAGCGAACAGGAUGCAGCCCAGGAUAAAAUCACAAAAGAACGAUUAACAAGUAUCAUAGAACAACAACACCUGCGCGUUCAUGUUGGGGAAGGGGAGGUUCGAGCAUCUGCGAAGCGGCAACGGUGUAAACAUGGGGCAGAGGAAGAAGGAGGCUGUGGCAGCGGGUGUGGGUCGAGGGCAGAGCUCUUGACCGGGGGAUGGGACCCUUCAUCGUCCCUCAGCGGUAUGCAAAAAAAUACUGCACAUGACUUGCUCGUUUUAGGCGAGCUGGAUCGUUUUCGAACAACCGAGGCAGAGCGUGGUCGUCUGCAGGAGAAACAUCGAUUACUGGAGCUUCGGCAUCGUGUGGAGGAGCAAGAGCGCUUGGAAAUUCGACAAAAAAAGCGCAGAAAUGAGACAGCAGAAUUUAUUCUAAGAGAGGCAAAGAUGAAGGUCCCGCAUAGUGCAGCAGAAGAGACGCGCGAAAUUAGCAAAAGUAAAGCAAGGGACGGUUGCGAAGAAGCGUCCGGGUGCUGCUGCUUAAAUGACGAAAAGAUUGGCAGCAAUGAUGUGACGGGCGCCAAACUGCUUACAUAUCAUUCUCAUGGGUCGCAGUGCCUUCAAAAAAGAGACUGCCAAAGAACGGUUGAUUUUCCAGGAAUAUUACGGGAAGUCGAUACUUGCGUAAUGCUCGAUGUCGGUGAAAGCAAUAUGAGGACAUCAUAUGACACAAAGCCCCCGGCGGCUGACGAAUUAGGGCCUCUGAAGAAGAAUACAGAGCAAAAGCAGGCAAGGAAUGAUCAGAGAUGGUCUAAAGACGCUUCUUCGAACGCAUCGAGGCAUUGUGGCGCAAACAUACGCAAAUUCAAGCCAUUAUGUGAGCGUCAGAUGCGACUUGUGAGCAAAAUACCGCAGGAUAGAAAAGCCCUUUUAAUGUACCCGGUCGAUUGGGUCGCUGUAGAUAAAAACAGUCUCGUGUCAAGUAAAUUGCGAGCCUGGGUCGCAUCGAAGGUAAUAGAACUUCUCGGGGAAGAGGAGAAUACUCUAAUAGAGUUUAUAUGUUCAAAACUUACAAGCCAUUGUCAUCCCAACAAACUACUUGCCGAGCUACGCUUGGUUUUUGAUGAUGAAGCGGAUGUUUUCAUUGAGAAGCUCUGGAGAAUAUUGAUAUAUUACACGAUCGAGUGCCAAUAAAAAUAGAUAAAAUACCUACAAUGACG